CAAUAUUUGUUUCCAUAAAUGUCGUUGUUCUAAUUGGUCCCAUAUAUCAUUUUGAUCCCUGCAUAUCUGGUGUGGGAGUGUACUAUUUGGUGUGCUGAUUAUGUGACAUUGGUAAUUGUCUGGAGUAUGGUAUCAAGAGGAACAAAUUAAGCAACCUGUUUGCAUUAUACGAUGACUUUUUCUUGCUUGUUUGGGCUUCUGGGGAAUGCAUCCAAACAGUAGGAAUUUAGAAUUUUGCUCAUAAUCCACUGCCAAUGAUAUGAAUUUGUAGUUCUUGUCAUUUUUGAUAUUUUGCAUGCAAUACAUCGAAACAACUAAAAAUUGCAAUGAAAUAUGUGUAAAAUAAUGGGAUUGUAUAUUCCAAUAUUUAAAUUAUAAUAUGAUUUUGGUGCAUUUCUCUACGAUCUACAAUUUUCACAAAAGGUAUAAAAGUUUUUUAAGUACGGUUGAAACAAGGGGGUUGAGGAUUAACCUUUUAAGUUUCUUAUAUGUCCUUACACUUUUCCAAUAGAUUAAGUACUUUCCAACAGUCUACUAUUUGAUAUCUGGAUAAUUACAAUCUAGAAUCUGAUUCUGAAAAGGAAGUGAGAAUAAUAAGAAUAUUUUCUGCUUAUUGAGUCCUAUACUUGCUCUCAUGACUAACUGUCAAUAAAUUCUUAUAAUUUUGAAUCAGCAGUGUCUUUGUUGAGAAGUUCUUUUUUAACAACCAUGAAUGAAGAGCAACGCUCACUCCUUCUCAGCUCGGCAUCUCGCUUCCCACCUCCAGAAGGAGUGAAGUUAUCAUACGGAACGGCUGGGUUCCGAGCAGAUGCCUCGAUUCUUCAAUCCACUGUUUACAGGGUGGGAAUUUUAGCAGCUCUUAGAGCAGUCAAGACCCAAUCAGUGAUCGGGUUGAUGAUCACGGCCUCUCACAACAAAGUCUCGGACAAUGGAAUCAAAGUUGCUGACCCUAGUGGUGGAAUGCUCACUCAAGAUUGGGAACCCUUUGCAGAUACACUUGCCAAUGCCCGUGAUCCCCAACAUCUUGUUCAACUGAUAACUGAAUUUGCUGAAAAUGAAAAAAUCACACUGGACGGAGCCAAGUCGGUGGACAUAUUACUGGCGAGAGAUACAAGGCCCAGUGGCGUAUCUCUGCUUGAAGCUGCUAGACAUGGAAUCAGUUCUAUAAUUGGAGCAGUUGCCCUUGACAUGGGAAUAUUAACAACCCCGACACUCCAUUGGAUGGUUCGUGCAAGAAAUAAGGGUGUGAACGCAUCAGAAUUUGAUUACUUUGACCAGCUCUCCAGCUCAUUCAGGUGCUUAGUCGAUCUGAUGCCCAGUGGAUCUAAUCCCAGAAAUGAAUCAGAUACGUUGGUUGUAGAUGGGGCUAAUGGAGUUGGUGGAGAAAAGCUCGAUAUUUUGAAGAAGAUUUGUAAUGGUUUGGUUAUUGAUAUUCGGAACUCUGGAAAAGAAGGAGGUGUACUCAAUGAAGGGGUUGGUGCUGAUUAUGUGCAGAAAGAGAAGGUUGCUCCGUCUGGUUUUGGUCCAGAAGAUGUUGGGAAAAGGUGUUGUAGCUUGGAUGGUGAUGCAGAUCGACUUGUAUACUUUAUUGUCCCAUCUACAAGUAGUAGUAAGAUUGAACUUGUUGAUGGGGACAAGAUAUUAUCGUUGUUUGCUGUAUUCAUCAAGGAGCAAUUAAGCAUCUUGAAUAAGGAAAGAGAUGUUAAUGUGAAUGAUGGUUAUCAAUGCUGUCUUGGUAUCGUGCAAACUGCUUAUGCAAAUGGAGCAUCCACUAAUUAUCUCAAACAGUUAGGCCUGGAAGUUGUUUUCACUCCUACAGGUGUGAAGUACCUGCAUGAGAAAGCAGAACAAUAUGAUAUUGGGAUAUAUUUUGAGGCAAAUGGCCAUGGCACCAUCUUGUUCUCAGAACAAUUUUUAGACUGGUUAGAGGCCAAGAUUGCUGAUCUCUCUGAUGUAGCUAAAGGUUCAGAACCACACAAGGCUGCUAUGAGACUCUUGGCGGUCACAAAAUUGAUUAACCAGGCUGUUGGAGAUGCUUUAGGUGGGAUGCUCUUGGUUGAGGCCAUUUUACAACACAUGGGAUGGUCAAUCGAGAAAUGGAAUGCCCUCUAUCAGGAUCUACCUAGUAGGCAGCUUAAGGUCAAAGUUGCAGACAGAACUGCUGUUGUCACAGCAAAUGCAGAAACUGUGGUUGCAAAGCCCCCUGGCAUUCAAGAAGCUAUUGACGCUGAAACUGCUAAGUACCCUGGAGGCCGGUGUUUUAUACGACCAUCUGGAACAGAGGAUGUUAUACGAGUAUAUGCAGAGGCAUCCACUGAGAAUGCAGCGGACAGCUUAGCCAGUUCUGUGGCAAAAGUUGUAGGCCAAAAACUGGGGUCUGGCACCUCAUAA